AUAUUAGAUGAGCGUUGCACGUGCUUACAGUCAAUAAAUGAAACACAGUUUGCAGUAACGCCAUGUACAUUUAUUGAAGAUAUUACUGUUUCAUUGUUUUUUUGUAACAUCCUUUUUAAUUUUCGAUAUUUAUAAAUAUAAUGGUCAUGGAUAAAUCUAAAAAUAAAAACGAUUUGGGUUCUCAAAUACAAAUAAAAUUUAUAACCAAACAAGAAAAAUAUGCUGUACCAGAUUUUCCUUUUGCAGUUGAUUCAAAAAUUCAAUGUGUAAAUCUUAAUAACCUUGUUAAUGAGUUACUUAAAGAUAAAUUAUCUGAUGAAAAUGGAACUUUAAAAAAAGUAGAUUUUGACUUUUUAGUUAAUGAUGAACUAUUACGUACUCCAUUAGAUAUUCAUUUGACACAAAAAAAUGUAUCUAGUGAAAGUACAGUGGUGGUUGAGUAUAUGGAAGCCACUCCAUCUCCUGAGCCGAAAGAUUGUCUUAUUCAUGAUGAUUGGGUAUCUGCCAUACAUUCUAUGGGUUCUUGGAUAAUAACAGGAUGUUAUGAUAACUCAAUUCAUGUGUGGAACAAUAGAGGUAAACAUAAAAUUGGUAUUGCUGGACAUACAGGACCAGUUAAAGCUGUAAAAUGGGUAUCAAUGUCAGAUGAAUCUGCUGUAUUUGUUAGUGGUUCUCAAGAUCAGUCAAUUAGGGUAUGGGACUGGGAUAUUAAAAAUGGAACUACAAACUGUCUACAAAUUGGCCGUGGUCAUGAGAGAGCUGUAGAAUGUAUUAGUGUUAGUCCAGAUUCCACAAGAUUUGCAACUGGUGGUUGGGAUGCUAUGUUAAAAAUUUGGUCUUCUGAUCCUAAUUUUGAACCUGUUGAUUUACCUGCAAAAAGACAGAAAUCUAAUAUUAAAGUCAUGCCUCCUAUUAUGACAUUAAAAGGCCAUAAAGAGAAUAUUUCAUCUGUACAUUUCAUUAAUAACUCAGAUGUUUUAACGGCGUCAUGGGAUCAUACUAUUAAACAUUGGGAUGGUGAGAUAGGUGGAAUAAAGACAGAAAUUGUUGGUAAUAAAUCAUUUUUUGAUCAUGAUUAUUCACAAUUGACUGGAUCAGUAAUUACAUGUUCAUCUGACAGACACAUACGUUUGUAUGAUCUUAGGUGUAAAGAGGGUUCAUUGGUAAAAAAUACUUAUUCAUCUCAUAAACAAUGGGUUACUACAGUUAAAUGGUCUACAAUAGACCAAUAUCAAUUUGUUUCGGGUGGAUAUGACAAUCAAAUGAAAAUGUGGGAUACAAGAAGUCCAAAAGUUCCAUUAUUUGAACUAGUCGGUCACGAAGAAAAAGUAUUAUGCAGUGAUUGGUCAAACAAUGAAUUUAUUUUAUCAGGUGGUGCUGAUAACACUGUAAGAAUUUUCAAAAAUAAAAAAAUUGUUAGUAGUUAAAGACUUUGACUUGUUGAUUUUUAUUUAUAUUCUGAUAAAUUUGUAUUAUAAUUAUAUAAACCAUUGUGCUUAAUAUUUAUCAUCAUUGAGUGUUAUAUAAUAAAACAUUUUUAUGGCAACGUAGUCUGAAAAAUAUUUA